AUGAGUCAAAUCGAGCAGAAUGUGCUAGCAUUCACCACUGGAUUGGCCUUGACGCUGACAGUCUAUACUAUCUGGACUAGCUUUCAAGAAACUACUUUUAUCAGCCAUUCUUCUGAAUCAAAAAAACGCAUUUCUUCUAAACCAGAGGACACACUAAGUCUCGAAGCGCUGGCCGAGUUGAGUCGAUCUGGAAAUCUGUUACUUCAAGAUAGCCUGUUGAGUCAAUGUAGUUCAGCAAGUAUUACAGCUGCUGAAUUCAAUAUAAUUUAUAGUGCAUCUCAAAUCUUAUUGGACAGAGCCAUGUCAGAGGAAAACCGUCCAGUUCUUAUUCGCAUGAAGGCUCUUAAAAUAUUGGUCCGAUCUCUUAAUUUCCAAACCAAUGACGACACUAGGCGAUACGCCAUCAGUGCCAUUUUUUCGCUUAUUACAAAUGAUGAGCGAAGCAAGCACAAGAUUGUACAGUAUGGAGUGUUAGGGCCUUUGACUCAUUUUCUUUCAGCUACUCCAAAACUAAAUAGCGAUCUGAAAUACUGGGCAUUGCUGCUGCUUCAUCAGAUAUCCAUCAGUGAAGAUAUGCAUUUUAUUAUGGUAAAGCACAACGUUAUCGAGCUUCUUGCUCGAGUUGCGAGAUUGAUUUUCGGAAAUACGAGUAUGCAAAAAUUAUGCUUGCACUCACUUGUUCGCCUUGUAUCAAGUCUUCCUGCUGAAGAGGCUCCUGCACAACUUUCAAUACUUAUUGAAAUGAAAAUGAUCCAUAUCAUUGCAGCGUGUCUUAGACAUGAUAUUGCUAAAGAUCGCAUUCUAGCAAUAAAUGGUUUGUUCAAGACCUUUUCAAUGUGCUUGGCAAAUAACGAGACUGUGAUUGCGCGCAUUACUCUUAGAAUCAUCAAGUGUCUUUGUUCCGAAAACAUCAAGUUUCAGCGGGAUUUAGUCCGUGCAAAGCUUCUUCCUCCAAUGAUUGCAGCACUUGAGUCCAAAGAUUCAGAAGCACAGUAUUGGGCAAUGGCUGUCAUGCAUGAGUUGACAAGCAAGUCGGAGAUUCACAAGACUUUUCUUGAUUGUGGGGGACUGGAUACACUAACCCAUGCAGCCAAAGCUGCUCCUCAUCACGUUUUGCUGUAUAUUGCCGAUAUGCUAGUGUAUCUUUGUGGAAAUGCGUCAAAUCAGACCCGGUUGGCAAAUUCUAAAAUGGUUGAUUUGAUUAUUAGCUUUUGCCAUUCAACAGAUUCCGAAAUCCAGUAUGCAGGCGCGGCAUUGAUGCUAAAUGCUGCUACACUUUCAAAUCAAUUAUGUCAACAGAUUGCAGAAUUAAAUGGAAUUGAGAUUCUUGACUCAUAUCUCAACAGCAAUUAUAUUCUUUCCAAUCAACUUGUUGCUGUAAAGGCACUCCUUACCAUUGCUGUCAAAGACCCGAGUCUUCGGUUUCAAAUUACAGUAUUUACGGUGCGUCCACUGGUUCAGCGAUUGCCACUCAAGGUUGCAGAAUGUUUGGAGUUGGCAUUUCCGAAUCUUGCGAUAAAUUCAAACCAAAGUAGCGCAAAUGAUGAACACAGUUCCAACUUUGAUAGUCCUUUAAUGAGUUACAUGCCAGAGCUUGUUACUUUUGGUGGAGCAAGUGUGCCCAGUUCUCCUCAAAAACGCCGUGCUGGCACUGUGUCUCGAUUUUCAAUCAGUCCUGACUGCUCAAAUUCCAGAAAAACACUCCAGUCAUGCAAGAGUGUGCAGCACCUUUUAUCGUGUCUAUUUGUACUUUUAAAUACAUCUGUGUUUGACGAGGUGGAUCUUUUAAAAAACGAACAAACUCUUGAAGAGUAUAUGGCAGAUUGUUUUGACGAGACUUGUGGUGCGUUGUUGGAUCUUCUUGCUCUUGUAUUGUUAGACUACGCUUUUCCCGAAACCGUUUUGCCAUUUCUGGCUCCAGCUUCUGCAUACAUGCUCGAUCGUCAACAGCGCAAUAUAGCCAUUCACUAUGUAAUGAGUAUCAUGAUCCGGGAAAAGUUGGUAGCCAUUCUCAUUGGUUUGCUCGAAAUUGAAAACAAGACUCUUAGCUAUCAGGCAUUCAUCACGCUUGCACUUUGUGUGAGCAGAGGAUUGCCAGUUCAAGAGAUUGUUAAUAUUCACAUGGCAUUUCCAACUGUCCUUAAAUUUGUCAUUGCGGAGGCUUCGCAGACUCUAUACUUUUACAUGAAUAUUUUAUUAGAAAAUCUAUGCCGUUUCGAUACUUUUUUAAAAACUGAUUCGCUGGCACCAUUUGAUAUUCUCAACUCUGUUUACACAUCUGGGUUUUCGAUGGCGAUCCAAACGCAAGAGAUUCGAAAUGACGACUGGACUUUUCAAAGUUUGCGUAUGAAUACGGGCGUUACUGGAAACGGACGAUAUGCAUAUGAGUUUGUUAUCCGAACGACUGGCAUUAUCCAAAUUGGGUGGGCGUGUGACAAGUGUGUUUUUGAUCCUGAAGCCGGUACCGGUGUUGGUGAUAAUGUCUAUUCGUAUGCAUUUGAUGGCCAUCGUGUCAAGAAAUGGCAUGACUCGAUCGAUGAUAAUGAAUAUGGAGCUGAAUGGACUGCAGGGGAUGUCAUUACUGCCAUUCUUGAUCUGGAUCAAAAAACCAUUACAUUUUGUCUAAAUGGUGUUUCUUUCGGUGUAGCAUUUACAAAUGUUGAUAACUCUGUGACGUGGUGUCCUGCUGUUUCCCUUACUUCAGAACAAAGUGGAUUCUUUAGAUUUGGUAGCAAGUUUGAUCCCCUCAAGUUUCUACCAGAACAUACAGUUCCUAUCGCCAGUGUAUCAUCAGAUACAUUAAUAAUGGAACGUUCAAUAGGUUCGCCUAAAGAGAAUAGACACGUAUUUGAACCGCCGCCUCAUGUGCAUACUGAAUCUGUUACAUCUAGAGAUCGAGUGGUCACUGAAGCAGAGUCGGUGCUUACCGAGAAUAAUGUUGCUUUAACACCACUAUUUUACUUUGAAGCAAGAGUAAAUAUCAGCAUGGCCAGAGUAGACAAAUGUCCACAGUUUGGUAUCCUGCUACGCGAAGACCAAAUGGUUAUUGUAUGUUUGGAACGUCACAGCAAGACACUUAUAUGGCUCAAGAUCCAUGGUUUACACUACAACGACAAGAGUAUCUUUGACUAUAUGCUUGAUCAGCACCUUGUAUCCAUGAUGGAUGCUAGUCAAGAGACCUCGCAAUCUUUUUCAAGCGGAAUCGAGAUCAUUCAUUUGAUGCCAAAUAUUGAUUGGCAAGUCUAUUUUAUUGUCAUUAUUAUGGUUCAAGAUGCAGUUGGGAUUAAAUACGUGAUUUGCAUGUGUUGUAAAUAUCCUAUAUUUAAUACAUCAGGACCUACACUCGCAUUAGAAGAAACACACGACGCAAUCUGUAUUCCAUACAUGCGGCAUAUUCCAAAGUUUGUGCUUAAUAUUGGCGAAACCCCGUUUAUGUGGCUGCCUGCUCAUCCUGAUCGUACACCAAAUGAAUGA